AGGCAGCGACUAGUAAUGGACCUCAACUAUUUGAUAUUUUUUGGGUCAAAUGCUGAACUUCCGCAAGAGCAAGAAAAUCGUAAAAAAGAUGUCAAUGAUUUAAUUGCUGGUUUAUCCAUUAAUGGAAAUGUCUCAUAUACGAUAAAGAAAGGAAUGCUUCCUGGGGCACUCUCUGAGACUGUGUUCUCAGAUUCAAAUAGUUACUCCCCCAAGCAAGUCUCCAAUGAUGCUUUGAAUGGUUUUGGUUCUGAAACGGCUGGCAUGAAUGCAAAUGCCAUGUUUCCUUUGGGUUCAAUGCCCUAUAAUAUCCCUCCAGGCAUUAUGUUCAAUCCAGCUUUUCCUUCUCAACCAAUGAAUUAUAGUGCCAUGGGGAAUUUCUUUGCCCAGCAGCAGUUCCUAGCAGCAAUGUCCAACUUUCAGCAGCUGGGGAACCUGACUUCUCAAAGUGCUGGCAUGGGUCAUGCUGGUGGAACAAUGGAAGGAGGAUAUUCUUCACCCCUCCCUGACAUUUUUAAUCCACAUAUUCCUACUCAAAGUCCCACUGCAGUAAUGACCAGUUCAAAGAAAGAGGAGACAAAAGCAUUUGAUUUUAUCUCUGAUCAUCUGGCUGCUGCUCGAGAUCCAAAGAGGGUGAUUUGAAUUGGAGCUCUUAUGCUGAACACAUCAAUGAUGACAUGUUUAUUUUUAGGCAAGUAUAUCGCAGCUGGUUAUUUUCUUUCAACUGAGAAGCUGAAUUCUUUUGCAAUAAUGGGACAUCUGGAGAUGUUAAAAGAGUCAUGUUUCAAUGAAAAUAGGACUGUAACUUAUAAAACGGGGAAAAUCCCACAACUGAAAAGGAAAGAGAGUG